AACAAGGCAGACAAAGCAACUAUAACUACAUUAGAGAUUUGUUCCUCUUCUGCAAAAAAGCUUCAGCUGGAGAUGGCAGGCGAAGAUGAAGUUAAGCUUCUGGGCUUUUGGGCCAGCCCCUUUGCUCUGAGAGUAAUGAUUGCUCUUGAAGAAAAGGGCAUCAAAUAUGAGUAUAUAGAAGAAGAUUUGUUGUCUAAAAAGAGCCCCCUGUUGCAGGAAAUGAAUCCUGUGCAUAAGCAGAUACCUGUUCUUAUUCACAAUGGCAGGCCUGUGGCUGAGUCUGCCAUUAUACUGCAAUAUAUUGAUGAGGUAUGGAGCAAUGGUCCGGCUUUCUUGCCAUCUGAUCCAUAUGACCAAGCUAUGGCUCUAUUUUGGGUAGAUUUUAUAGAAAAGAAGCUUAUUCUUCCAGGGAGGUUGAUAUUUGGAACUAAGAAAGAAGAACAAGAAGGAGGAAAGCGACAAGUUAUAGAAAGUUUGGGAAUACGAGAAGAAACUCUCAAAGGGAAAGAGUAUUUUGGAGGAAAGACUUUUGGAAUGGUAGAUAUUGCAUUUGCUCCAGUGAUGUGUUUCUUUCAUACGUAUGAAGUACUUGGUAAUUUUAAGAUUAUGUUUGAGGAUAAAUUUCCAAGCAUUUUUUGCUGGAUGAAGAAAUGUAGGGAGAGGGAGAGUAUCAAGAAAUUACUUCCACAACAAGAAAAAGUGCUACAAUUGGUAAUGCAAUUCACAAAGCGAGCUUAGUUAAACUUUGUUUCACUGAAGUUUACUUUUGUAAUGCAUAGAGAUGUGUUCUCCUUUAGUUUGUAAAGUCUUAAAUAAAGAGUUUAGAUAUUACACCAUAGUAUAUUUAUAUAUGGUGUAUAAUAGUCGGUUUCAAUAAUUAUUGUUAAGAGGCCAACGCUUAAAGGGUUUAAAUAAAAUAAUGUUUUGUUGUAA